AUAUAAAGUUUUGUUACCAAAUUUUUUUUUACUCCGUAUGCAAGACGUUUUGAAUUAAAAGGAGGAAGGCUCGGAGGAAGUUAAGUUUUUUUGUGCUUUGUGCUUCAAUAACAUUCUUUGGUAGUGCAUGACAAUAAUUGUUUUAUGACUGUAGUUUACAAAUUAUAGCGUACAAUAUUGACGAAAAGACAAAAAUGCGAGCAUAUUUUUUUUGAAAUCAGAAAUAGCGGCAUACAGAUAUGUGUAUUAUGUAACAGAAUUCGAGUUCUUAUCAUUGCAUGCGACGGUCCCGCAGUCGCAUAUUCGCAUCUAAUAAAAUCAUCGCAAUAAUAUCUGAAUAAUUUUUAGUUCACUCUAAGUUCUUUACAGUAUCAAUGCUUAUUUUACGUUCUUUUUUGUACAUGUCUACAUCCAACUGAUCGCAGUUUAAACAGAGAGAGAUCAAAAAGGAAGAAGGUGGACGUAGGGGGAGAUAAAUAAGGUUAGAGAGAACGAGUAUUAACUAACCAACAAUGAAUCCGUUUUUUACGACAAUGGAUUUUACGACAAUAUUGAUAUUCAUCAUUGUGCUGAUGAUAUCCUACAUGGUUUGGAACCAGUUCUUCACAGUUCAGGUUGACAUUCCUGGUCCGAAACCAUGGCCAAUAUUAGGCAACUUACCCCACGUGGCUAGAACAAAAGAUCCUGGAAAGAAAAUGCUGGAGUUCAGGGAAAAGUAUGGAGACAUGGUAUUCUUACGAUUCGGUUCUCAACCUGCCUUAUUUUGUUUCGGAUAUGAAAUGGUUAAAGAAGCUUUAGUGAACAGUGGCGAAAAAACUAAGUUUAGACCAAACUGGUUGUAUCUUUUUAAAAAGAUGUUUCCCAAGACAGGAAUAUUCUUCAGUAAUGGCCAACCUUGGUCCGAAGGACGUAAACUUACAUCAGUGGCGUUUAAAGAUUUCGGUGUUGGUAAAAGAACAAUUGAUGAACGCAUAAGUGAAGAGGUUCAGUUUCUAGUGGACGAGUUUUCCAAACAUUCAGGAGAACCGAUACAGGUCAAUACAGUGUUUCCCAUGGCAACAUCCAAUAUAAUUUCGAGCAUAGUAUUUGGAUCAAGAUUCACUUACGACGAUGAAGAAUUCAAAUCAAUGUUACAACACAUAUAUUUCUUUUUCAAAAACUUGAAAGUGAUUGCACCUCAGAACUUCUUCCCAAUACUGGAUAAGAUUAUGCCUUGGAGUUCGCAUGCCCAAAUUAAUGAACACUUGGCAGCAAUCAGAACAUUUGUAAAGACCAGGAUUGAGAAACAGCGAGAUUCAUUUGACCCAGAAAACAUUCGGAAUUUUCUAGAUCUUUACCUUGAACAAGAAAGAAAACCAGAAUCAAUAAUUUCAGAGGGCUUCAUAUUCCAAGUAAUAGCAGACCUUUAUGAAGCCGGAACUGAUACAACCUCUACAACUCUAACAUGGUGUAUGUUAUUCAUGUUGAAUUACCCAGAUGUGCAGAAAAAAUGUCGAGAAGAAGUUAUGAAGGUUAUUGGAGAUGGCAGGUAUCCGUCAGCUAAGGACAGAGCCUCUCUACCAUAUACUAUGGCUACAAUACGUGAAAUACAAAGAACUGCGUCUGUAGCUCCCAUAGCUACACCUCAUGCUGUACUAGAAGACACGAUAAUUGCUGGUAAACUGGUACCAAAACAAACUAUUAUCUAUUGUCACCUGAUGUCGGUUCUCAAUGAUACAACUCAAUGGACAGAACCAGAAAAGUUUAGACCCGAAAGAUUUCUUGGGAAAAAUGGACAACUAAUAAAACCAGAUGCUUUUUGUCCAUUUUCUAUGGGGCCCCGAUCAUGUAUCGGACAACAGCUGGCAACAAACGAAGUGUUUUUGUUCUUUACGUCAUUGAUUCAGCGGUUUAACUUUGUAAAAGUAAACACAGAUGAGGAACUUUCACUAGAAGGAGAACAGACUGGGAUAACGCGCCAACCAAAACUAUUUAAGAUGUACUUUGAGCCAAUCUGAUACUAAGAAACUAGUAUGAAAAUAUUUGUAAUCAUUUUUGUAUUGCAUAGUUUGUUCAUAAAUUAGAAAAAUAG